UGGUGCCACUGGAAUAUGUAAAAUAACCCGCUUUCCAAGACAUGGAGUUUUUACAGAUUCGCAACUGGCAUGAUCUGGUUUGAAAUGUGUGACUCUUGAUUGGGUCUUUAGUAGAUAAUAGAUCUUGUCGUCUUUAGGAACAUCGCCUGUUAACGCCUGCUCCACGUCCCGCAACACUGUCACGUGACCUCCCUGACCUGAACUGACCUCAACUGACUUCACAAGCAUGCAGUCCUCGGACAGUGACGAGGAUGUAGAUUCUCCCGACGGGCCUGGGUCUUCCCACAUCCCACCCAGCAUCUACGUCAUCAAGUUCAGAGAUGGCUUAGCGAGGGAGGCAGUCGAGUGGCUGAUUGAGAAAAUCGAGGCCAAGCACAAGUAUGGUGGCGCCGAGCUGCUGGUCAGAUGCGAACCCCAGAAACAGGGACAGGGAGUGUCUGUUCACGUAUCGGCGACCAAGAUCAAGCUCCUGGAGGUGGCGGAGUCGGUGGAGCUGCAGAAGAAGGCGGGGAGUGGGCUAAUACAGGAAUUCAGCGUGCGUGACCUGGACCAGUUCCUUUAUCCGGGUCAGACUCUGGACACCGUGUUGACCCCAGCGGAGAGAGAAUUCUGCGUCAGGCACCAGCUGGACGCCAUCAGGGCCAAGCAGGAGGAAGGCCAUGUCCCUGGGUAUCCCGAAAUCAAGCUCUUCCCCGGACAGUCCUUGGUGAGCGUGUACUUGGCAGAGGACCUCAUCACGGACAUGUUCCCCCUCCACGAUCGGCAGGUCUUGGAGAACCUCGCCACCAGAUGGUACAAAGCCAUUUUCCAAGCGGCGUCUUUCGGGUCACUUUUGCCACAGAUCAGACUGCCUACCAUCUCUUUACCAUUCCCUAAGAGAAAAGAUGUUCAUGAUGACUAUGCUGAUGCUCCGGGACGGGGAGAGUCUCCUUAUACAGAGGAGAUCAGAGCCUACUUUGGAGAAUCCGUAGCCAUGUACUUCAGCUUUCUGGGCUUCUACACCAUGGCCCUGUCUCUCCCCGCCGCCCUGGGCCUCCUGCAGAUGGUGCUCUCCGUCGACACGCUGACGGAGUACGCCCUCUUCGCCGCCUUCAACUUGCUGUGGGUCACCGUCCUGUUGGAGCUGUGGAAACGCCGAUGUGCUGAGCUCGCGUACACGUGGGGGACGCUGGACCGCGCUACUCCAGAGGAAUCCAGACCCAGCUUCCGCGGGGAGAUGAGGCAGCAUCCGAUCACAGGGCGCUUCGAACCCACGUACCCGCCUUGGAAGACACGCAGCAAGCUGUACUUCGUAUCGGCGCCGGCAGUGUGCCUGUGCGUUCUGGGUUCCCUGUGGAUGAUGGUCCUGGCUUUCUGGGCCGAAGAGCAGCUCAUGGACUGGAAGAAACGGUACGGCUCGCUCGCGGGGAUCUUCAUGCACGUCCCCUCUGCGUUAUAUGCCGGACUCGUUUGGCUUUUGAAUUUCUACUACAAGAAGCUAGCCACGGCACUCACGGACUGGGAAAACCACCGCUCACAGAGAGACUACGACUGGCAUCGUGUUUGUAAGCUUGUUCUCUUUGACUUUGUGAACAAUUUCUCGUCUCUCUUCUACAUCGCCUUCUACAUCCAAGAUAUGGACAUGCUUUGCUCGCAAGUGGCAACCAUGUUGAUUGUUACUCAGAUGAUCAACCAUUUCCAAGAGGCGCUUCUCCCGUACGUCGUGAAGAAAGCUUACGCACAGUUUUCAGAGCGAGUGAUGGCUUUCCUCCGCGAGCACCCUCUGACGGGCAAGUUCUUCCUCCGAGUCGUGAAGCCAGUCCACACGGCGCCGCCCGAGGAAGAGCAUGUGCCGGUCCUCGCUCUCGACCCCAAGGACCCGAGAAUCACGCAGGCCAAGGAGGAGGCGGAUUUGGAUCCAUAUGAGGACGCGUAUGAAGACUACCUCGAAAUGUUCCUUCAAUUUGGCUACGUCUUCCUCUUCUCUUCCGUGUACCCGAUGGCCGCGUUCUGGGCGGUCCUGAACAACAUUCUGGAGCUGAAAACCGAUGCCUUCAAGCUCUGUCGCAUCUACCAGCGGCCUCGCGUCAAGAAAGUUGGUUCUAUCGGGGUCUGGCAGGGUGCCUUCGAGAUGCUAGGUGCCGUGGCUGUGAUCACGAACUGUGCCCUCCUGUGCCUCUCCCCCCGAGUCCGUCCUCUGGCCCCGUCCGCGUCCCCUGUCGAGUGGGUCUUGAUCUUCGUCCUGCUGGAACACGUUAUCUUGUGCAUUAAGAUGGCACUGAUGUGGUUGGUGCCAGACGAGCCCCUUUGGGUUCGCCAGGCCCUUGAAAAAAUCAGCUACCAGUCCAAACUCGCACUUCGGAAUGAGCGCGGAAAGAAGACCAGGCGUCACCUCUCCCGCAGAUUCCGCAGCGUGCACGGGAUGCCUCGCUCCGGGUCCCGGUCUCGCGGCACGACUCCCGUGGCCCAGAACGGCGGGGUCCGGCAUCGCACGCCAUCUAGGGACUACCGCGAAUACUAAAGACAGGAGGUGGUUUCGCGGUACAAAGGCCUGAAUGGAUUUUUUUCUGGCGGUUAUCUGUCUAGUCUGUUAUAAAGCCUCUCUUCUUUUGACUACAGGAGCCGGGAUAGGGAACUUGUCUUCGUCUGUUCUUUUUUUUUUUUGAAGGAGGGGAGGUGUUUGGGUGAGGGAGUAAUGGCUCCGUUUUCUUUUUCUUUUCUAUCGGGGCGAAGGAGUUCUUGAGAAGUUGGUGAUAAACCUGUCAUAUAUUACAGGAUUAUCACUAUGAACUUGUCAGUUAUCAAAUACUUAUCACGACCAACCUGCCGUCAGUUAUCACCAACUUGUCACACUCUUCUUCGCCUUGAUACAAAGAAAACGGAUCUUAUGAUGCACACACGUGGUCGCGUUCUCAAAGGGAUGUAUAAAUAUUUCAGUGCUAGGAAUGUGCAUGAAUGAAUACACUGUAUAUACACAUUUCUAACUGCGAGUUCUAUUAUGAUAUUUUAUCUGCGUCAAGACGGGACAUGGUGCAAAUAACCCCGAGGAAAAUAAAUCGAGGGAAAAUUUAUAUAUAUAUACUCGUUUCUCGUUUAUUUAUACAUCACGGAAUUCUGCCUUGCGUUUUCUCUCCGAAUAACACAGUGUGGUAAAGAAGGAAAGGCAAAGAAAGAAUUUUGGACAUUUUCAGAACUGACGAGGGAUAAUAAAUAUAAAAAAAAGCCAAUAUGCUUUUCCCGCCUCCUUGAGCAAAUAACGUGAUUAUGUACAUUAUGAGAGUGAUACAUCAUCAAUGUAUGUCCUGCUUUUUUUGUGUCACGGAGUUUGUUUCUGUCUGUCCUUCGAGUACUGUUAUUCUCUGUUCACCUUGUAGCAGAUUUUUAAAACAAUGUUAACAUAGCCAUUCACAACUCACGCUUAACUAAUGUGUUCAUCCCGACUACACUUCCAAUGUUGCUCAAGAGAUCAUGAGCUUUUUACGUGCCAACUCCAGAAGCUACACGUACGUAUGUGUGUUUGAGCUCACGCAUACAAAGAGCUGCGCGCUAGUUUGUAGUAUGUAUGGACUUUUUCGUUAUACUUCGCAUGUGAAACUGAUGUUGAUAUAGUGCAAUAGCUUCGAACCACAUUUCUUCGCGGAUUAAUACAGUAUUGAUGUUGAAAGUCUUAAAAAAAAUAAUAAUUUAAUGCAAUUACAGAUCAGUUCACUGUUUUAUUAUUAAACUGUACUUUUAUGGGGAAGGAAUGUGGUAGCCGAAUCGUGAACAUUUUACAUAUUGUUCUUAUUAAUGUGAUGAAGGAUAACAUUACUAGUCAUUAUCAAGGAUUAACAUUUUUAUUUACAAGUGUCUAUUCUGCUGACAUACACAAGUUCCCACAUUUCACAGAGCAGGAAAAAAAAAGAAAAAUGAAAACCUAUUGUAAUUUAUGACCAACUGUACUCCUGAUGCAAUACAAGAGGAAAUAAUGUGAAAAAUUAUACUGAAUAAAAUGUAACGUAGAAGUUUU